AUGGGCGCCCGUAACGUCAUUGAUCUCUGGAAUCUCAAUUCUCUUCUCCCCCAGGUCGUCUUCACACUCGCUGUCCUUGCCCUGGUCCUCAUUAGCACCCACCACAUCAUCACCAACACCGUUCUCAGCGUCCUCCAUUCUCAUGGUAUCUCUUCCACCUUCACCUACGCCACACACGCAGGCGUAAAUCCCUCCCCCUUCGCCCACCUCGCCUCCCACUGCGCCUCUGUCCCACCCAUCACCACCACAGAGUUCCUCGCCCGCCAAGACUCCCUCGCUCGCAUCCUCCACGAGCAGGGCGCCACCGCGUACGUCGCCGAGGCCGGCCCGGACGCUUUCUUCUUCGCCAACAUCUCCCAGGCUUCCUGGCACCUCUCUGAGCGCCCCUUCCUCCUUAUCGUCACCCCCGACAUCGUCACCUCCGCCUCCGCCGAUGCCACCGUGCGCGCCCGCGUCACACUCCUCACCCCCGAAUUCGAAGAGACCCGCGCCCGGACACUGCCCGUCCCCGCGCGCGAGCUGCACUACGCCGCCUGGCCCGAGGACGGAAACCCAUACACCGCCGCCCUCGGCGUGCUCCGCCACGCUCAGGACGAUGAUGCCAACAAGGCCACGAUCCUCGUCGACGGCAACAUGCGCAUGUUCGUUGCGGACGGCCUACGCCAUGCCGCAGGCGAGGGCGCGCAGGUCGCGCCUGCUACGCCGGAGGUGACCGCGCUGCGCGAGCGCAAGUCGCCGGCCGAGAUCGCGCUGCUGCGGUGCGCGAACGAGGCGACGCUGCUCGCUGUGCGCGCGGCGCGCGAGCGGAUGCGCAUAGGCAUGCGGGAGUCCGAGGCGCGUGCGCUCGUCGAGAGCGCGCUGGCGGCUGCGGGGCUCAGGGAGGGGUUCGCGCUCACGUUGUUUGGUGAGAACGCUGCGCUCCCGCACGGCUCCGGGACCGACCGCGUGCUCGGCGCGGAGGACUUUGUGCUCGUCGACACGGGCGGAACGCUGCAUGGGUACAGCAGCGAUGUCACCCGGACCUUCGCGCUCCCCGAUAGCACGAUUCCCCAAGCGCAUAUCGACCUCUGGCACACCGUGCACACCGCACAGAGCAUCGCGCUCGCGACCGCGCACGAGGGCCAGGCCACGGGGCGCGUCGAUGCCGCCGCGCGCGCGUGGCUCGAGUACAAGGGCUACGCGCGGUACUUUACCCACCGCCUCGGACACGGCAUCGGCAUCGAAACACACGAAUCGCCCUACCUCGUCGGCGGGAGCACCGACACGCUCCGCGCGGGACACGUGUUCUCCGACGAGCCGGGCGUGUACAUCGAGGGGCGCGUCGGCGUGCGCCUCGAGGACUGCUUCUUCGUCUCCGAGCGCGGGUACGCCGUGUACCUCACCGAGGGCGUCGGCGGGCAGGCGGGGGAUCCGUGGAGUCCUUGAUGUCGCGGUGGGGCGGAGGGGGAGUUGAGAAGGAGGAGGGGAUAUGUACGUGUGUAGGAUGGGCCUGUGUGUAUGUAAUGAUGCUUUUCUUGGAUAGCCCGUGUUGUAUGUACAUUAUACCAGAUAGCCGUGAUACCG